UCCUCAUGAGCCUCAAUCCCAUACAAGAUUCCUUUGUGCUCCCUUGGCCUUCUUAUAAACCAACCCCAAUGCUGUCCCACUAUCUCCCUUCUUUCUAUGACAUGCUCUAGGGUGUUACACCUGCUCAGGGCAUAUGCAAAUGAUGCCUUUGUUAGGCAAGCCUUACAGCAAGAACUUGUUAUUGAAUUACAGGAACUGAACCCCUAAAUAUGGACUUUUUCAAUUUUUUUAUUAACAAGACUUCUACACAUUUACAGGCUACAGUGUGACAUUUCACUACAACAUGUACUGAUCAAAGCAGGGUGAUCAGCAGUGCCCCUUCGUCUAUCUUGUGUUGGAGCCUGGGAGCUCCUUUCUCACUCAUGUUAUUGUCCAUGUAUCAUCUAGCAGGCUACUGUGAACCCAAGUCACCCCACUCUGCUGUGGAAUUCUUAAGAAAAUGUGGUCUGAAUUCCUGGAAAUAGAGGUACUGGGGCAGGCUGUGAUAGAUACCUAUCAACAAAAAAGAAAACUAGUCAUUUCAUUGUUCCAAAAGCAGCAUGAGAGACUCAACUCUUCUUGUGAUUAAAAUAAAAGUAUCAUCAGGAUAACAUCAAGUUCACACAAUUGUUCAGCCAAAAUGUACUUUAUGCUCAUUUCCUUCAACCUCCUCCUUCAGCUGGACCCUGCUACUGUCCCUGUCUGGGUUUGCUAUAUCUCGCUUGCACACCUCCUGCCAAAUGACCCUGGGCCCUGUUGAGUGGAAUUUUCCCUUUAGAGAGGAACCUGUCUCCAUUCUCAGUUCCCUACUUUCAUCUGUUCUGCAAGUCAGCAAGCAUUACAUCCCUGCCGAUCUGGACUGUGCUUUCCAGUCAUUUUAAUAUCUUUUCUGUGACCCAUUUUAGCGUCUGAUUAGAAUCUUUCCUGAUUUAUCUCUGGACACUUGAUGAUUUGUUAAUAUAUGCUAAACAAUCUGUUUCUCGGGCCAACAUUUUGGUGCAAAAGACUGACCUGCCACCUGUGAUUCCAGCGGCCCAAAUUUUUUUAGCACCAGUUUGAGUCCUGGCCGUUGUGCUUAUGACCCAGCUCCCUUCUAAUGCACCUGGGAAACCAACAAAAGAUGCUCCAGGACCAAGAAAACUCAUUGUGUGCAAGAAAAUGUACAAAAGCUAGAAGCAACAGAUGCAACCUAAACAGAAAAAGAGAAUGGAAGGAUUUCAGAAAGGCCAAUAUGGAGCUAUGGCUGAAGGCGUAGUGGAAGAUAACUGGACUGAAACAUCCACCUCGUUGAGGAUCAUCCUGGUGGGCAAAACAGGCAGUGGGAAGAGCGCCACAGGGAACAGCAUCCUCUGCCAGCAGGUCUUCAAGUCCAAGCUACAGGCCCAGCCCGUGACCAAGAAAUGCCAGCGGGAAGCAGGCACAUGGAACGGGAGGAGCAUCCUGGUGGUGGAUACGCCCCCCAUCUUUGAGGCAAAGACCCAGACCCAGGAUGCAUACCAGCACAUCGCGGACUGUUACCUGUUCUCUGCCCCAGGGCCCCACGUGUUGCUGCUGGUGACCCAGCUGGGGCGCUUCACAGACCAAGACACCAUGGCAGUGAAGAGGUUGAAGCAGGUGUUCGGGAUGCAGGCCCUGAGGCAUACGGUCGUCCUCUUCACCCACAAGGAAGACUUGAAGGGCCAGUCCCUGGAGGAUUAUGUGACCAACACGGACAAUGGGGCCCUCCAGGACCUGGUCCUGCAGUGUGGGAGGAGAGUCUGUGGCUUCAACAACUGGGCAUCCGGGGAGGAACAGCAGGUCCAGCUGGCGGAGCUCAUGGCUGUGAUUGCACAGCUGGAGCAGGAGCUCAAGGGCUCCUUCCUCAGCAAUGACCUCUUCCUGCAGGUGCAGCAAGGUGGGGAAGGGGUCUGCCAGCUAGACAACAGGAGGAGGUUCCUGGCCAAUGUGAAGCAGCAGGUGGAGAAGCAGAAGCAAGAGCUGAAAGAGCAUGAGAGCAAUUGUGCAUUGAGAGCUCUUCUCAGACUCAAGCACUGGGCGAGGUCUCACCUUAUCUUGUGUGCCUUCCUCAUUAUAUGCGUUGUGAUUUUCAUUGCCAUUUUAGUGAAGAGAUGAGUUCCUUGUGAGUGCUGAGCAUUUUCAGGUGCUUCCUGCCCUCACUGCUGUUUGUCCCGGACCACCAUCUCCUUCUCGGUGUGUUUGCUUGUCACCCAGUUUCAUCUUCACGGGCUCUUUUUGGCAUCAGAUAUGUCAUCUGAUUUCUUUCAAGUGCUUUUAGGUAAAUAAAAUCUGAAGAAAAAUA